GCGUGUUCAAACACAAGCCGCUCGGGAUACAUUUUGACACCGACGAUCAUUGUGUUCAAAUUCUUGAACGCGUGCAAUGAUAGAUUCAGUCACUGAAUGUCGCUCCAACACAAACUGUUGUCUUUGCCCAAGUGAGGGCAGUGUAAAACGUGAAGGGGAACACACCAUACACAGGAGACGUUCACAAUUAUUUGCGUGCCAGCUGAGGUAGGUGAAUUGUUUCCCUGUGGAGUCUUGACCCGAGUUACUAUUCGCUGGACUAAAGGGAGCUGACGCGGAAUCAUAGUACACGCCACCAUUCAUCCGCUGUGAAGGCCUGGACCAGCGACACCACGUUCCCCUAGUGGACGUGUUCGUCAUGGAGACUCCUCUCAAGGCGUCCGCACGUCUUCUCACCUGCAUGACUGUAGUUCUCAUACUUGUCAUGUCAGGGUGCACCAGGGCACAACAAUGCCCAGUACAAUGCAGCUGUCCAGCUCCUGAUGUGCUGCACUGCUACUCCCGCAGUUUAACGUCAGUACCGACUGGCUUGCCGGUGAACACAACAGGAUUGUACUUGCACAGCAAUUAUAUCAGCUCCUUUCACGGCAAUGAGUUCGAUGGUUUGAGAAGUCUAGCUACCCUAGAACUUUCACGUAACCAAAUUUCCGGCCUUGCUUUUGGUAUUUUCAAAAACCUAGCAAAUCUUCAAACUCUGGUUUUGAGCACAAAUCAACUCAGCUCCUUUCGAGGCGAUGAGUUCGAUGAUUUGAGAAGUCUAACUGCCCUAUUCCUUGAGCAUAACUCAAUUUCCAGCCUACCCGUAGGCAUCUUCAAAGACCUAGUGAAUCUUAAAGUUCUAGGCCUUCAUCAUGACUCACUUUCGAGCCUGCCUGCAGGCAUCUUCAAAGACAAAGUAAAUCUUCAAUCUCUAUUUCUGGAAAACAACCAAAUUACCAGCCUGCCUGUAGACAUUUUCAAAGACCAGCGUAAUCUUCAAACUCUGACACUUCAGCAGAAUCGGUUCACACUUUCAGAGGACUUGUGUAGCUUUGUGUUUGUGCUGCCACUCAGUGCCAGUGCUACGAAUGGUUAUGUUAAAGUUGACCAGAAUGUUCUCAACUACGUCACCAAUAACCUAAUCCAAGUUGACCUCUCAAUAUCGCAUAUAACCAGGACCAGAGUCAGUGCUAAUGUCUCACUGAGCAACAUCAGCAGCAUAAGCAAAUUGUGUGUUAACUACACCCGCACUCACCUGGCAAGCGUUUCAUCACUGGGAGCAACAAAUACAAUCUGCACGAACAACAUCACUGGCACUUUGGAUAUCACAUCUAUCGACACAAAUGCGACGUACUCAUUAUUUGCUUAUGGCUUAGGUCCUGGUGACAGCAUCAAAUACUGCAAAUCACCAUCCACAACAAUCCAAAUCCCUGGAGCAACUUGCCCGACACCAACUGUUCUCAAUGGUAUUCUCGUACCGUCGCCAUUUCCCAACAGGAUCGGUAGUAACUACACUGUGACGUGUAACACAGGAUAUGUCAUGCUUGGACAGUCAUUUAUCACAUGCAAUGACAGCCAGCAAUGGUCUCCUGCAGUCCCAACGUGUCAUUUAGAUAUCAACGAAUGUACUGCUGGUACGCACGGCUGCUCAAUGAACACGACGUGCUUCAACACCCCGGAUAGUUACACCUGUGGGUGCUACGAGGGAUUUCGCAACAGAUCAGCAGUAAAUCUGUGUUCAGCAUGCGUGGCACCUUGGCAGCAAUUAGCGCCCGGAUCUCGGUACUGUGGAUUACUUUUGCAUACUUCCUACAAUUACGACCAGGCAAGAAGUGUAUGCGCAUCUCAAGCUGGUGGAGAUACAUGGUUGCCUAGGAUCUACACAGCUGAGGAAAAUCAACACAUCAGUCAGUUUGUCAAUAGUGGCCGGGUUUGGAUCGGCGGUGACUCGUUGACAACGUUCCCCAACUUUCAGUGGCGAGAUACGAAAGAGCGUAUACAGUAUACUGAUUGGGGAGGCUCAGAUCCAGAUCUGUUUGGUCCAGACUGCAUUCUGAAGAUUGGUCAAUGGUUUGACCACAUCUGCCAUGCACAGGAACCUGUCCUGUGUGUAAGGGACAUGCCAGCAUGCACUUUACCAGUCAUACGCAAUGCGGCACUGUCCGUUUCGGAAUUUUACAUCGGCAGAACUGUCAUGGUAACUUGUAACCCUGGGUACCUCAUGGUUGGCAGUAGCAGUAUAACGUGCAACGAUAGUCUUCAAUGGUAUCCCGAACCGCCAACAUGCUAUGAAGAUAUUAACGAGUGCGUCGAUGGAACACAUAACUGCACGAUGAACUCAACGUGUACAAACACUGUGGCGAGUUACACGUGUGGCUGCUAUGCGGGAUUUCUCAAUAGGUCAACCGGGAAUCUUUGCUCAGCAUGUGUGGCCCCGUGGCACCAGCUAGCACCAGGUUCGCGGUACUGUGGCCGGGUACUGCCAGGCACGUACCACUACAUUCCAGCCACCGACGCAUGCCAGUCCCAACUGGGUGGUGAUACCUGGUUACCGAGGGUGUACAGCCAAAAGGACAAUAAUGAUCUGGUUCUGUACGCUACGAGAUGGAUAUGGUUUUCCGAAGCACAUUGGAAUCGCGCCAAUCCUCUAGAUUUUUUCUGGACGCGUACAAAGGAGAAGUCCCAAUUUACCAACUGGGAUCAUGGACAGCCGGAUGGCCCUCCGGGGGAAGUCAUUGGAAUGAACGAGCAUGGCCGCUGGCAUGAUUACCAUCUAAGGGAGAACAACUUGGCAAUCUGUGUUAGAGAUAUGCCAUCGUGCAGUGUUCCCGUCAUACAGAACGCUACUCUGUCAUACUUUACACUCUACAUUGGAGAAAACUUAAACGUGACAUGCUCCAAGGGAUAUGCUCUACUCGGAAGUCCCGUGAUCACGUGUGGUCAAAACCUACAAUGGUCUCCGCAACUGCCAACUUGCCAAGAUAUCAACGAAUGUACUUCUGGUACGCACGGCUGCUCAAUGAACACAACGUGCUCUAACACUCCGGAUAGUUACACCUGUGGGUGCUACCAGGGAUUUCGCGACCUAUCAGCAGUAAAUCUGUGUUCAGCUUGUGUGUCGCCGUGGCAACAACUUGCACCAAAUUCUCGCUAUUGCGGAAGGAUUUUACCUGUGAAUUAUAACUAUCGUGACGCCAGAGCACAGUGUGCAUCGCAAGCUGGGGGAGAUACAUGGCUACCAAGGGUAUACAGUAUGCAAGACAAUAAUGAUAUUGCUCGACAUAUCACCAACAGUGUGUGGAUUGGUGCCGAUAACUUGGAUGAUCUAGGGAAUCACAAGUGGCGGGACACGAAUGAGAGCAUCACCAAAUUUAGCAAUUGGGACAUUGCAAAUGGCCAGCCAGACCUACUGUAUCCUGAAAGCAUAUUUAUACUGCCCAACGGUCUAUGGCAUGACGGUAAUUCUGCAGCAACCGUGCCUGUGAUGUGCGUGAGAAACAUGCCAGCAUGCACUUUACCAGUCAUACGCAAUGCGGCACUGUCCGUUUCGGGACUUUACAUCGGCAGAACUGUCAUGGUAACUUGUAACCCUGGGUACCUCAUGGUUGGCAGUAACAGUAUAAUGUGCAGCGAUAGUCUUCAAUGGUAUCCCGAACCGCCAACAUGCUAUGAAGACAUCAAUGAGUGUACCUCUGGUACACACAGCUGCCCGAUGAACUCAACAUGUACAAACACUGCCGAAAGCUAUACAUGCGACUGUUACUCUGGGUUUAUUCAUAACUCAACAGGGAACCUCUGUUCAGCUUGUGUGUCUCCGUGGCAACAACUUGCACCAAAUUCUCGCUAUUGCGGAAGGAUUUUACCGGUGAAUUAUAACUAUCGUGACGCCAGAGCACAGUGUGCAUCGCAAGCUGGGGGAGAUACAUGGCUACCAAGGAUAUACAAUAUGCAAGAAAAUAAUGAUAUUGCUCGACAUAUCACCAGCAGUGUGUGGAUUGGUGCCGAUGACUUCGAUGAUCUAGGGAAUCACAAGUGGCGGGACACGAAUGAGAGCAUCACCAACUUUAGCAAUUGGGAUAUUGGCCAGCCAAACCUACUGUAUCCUGAAAGCAUACUAAUGCUGCGCAACGGUCUAUGGCAUGACCAUAAUCCUGCAGUAGCCGAGCCUGUGAUGUGCGUGAGAAAUAUGCCGUCUUGCACGUCUCCCCUAGUACCAAAUGGAAAUCUAUCACAGAGCGUAUUCUAUGUUGACAGCAAUGUUACAGUAACAUGCCACAAGGGAUAUAUCAUGUCUGGCAGCACAACAAUCAGGUGCAAUGGAAGUCUCCUCUGGUCACCUGAUGUCCCGACCUGUCAAAUUCCAUCAGAGCCUCCCCAAAUCGUGAAUUUACCCGUACAGCUACGUGUAAACCAGUAUUCUUCAGCGACAGUCACUUGUGAUGCGAGUGGUGCACCAGCUCCAACCCUGACAUGGCUGUACAAUGGAGCCAUUCUCUCCACAUCAGCAGCAGUGACCAUCACCGAAGAAGCCUUCACCAACGACAAUAUCACUCAGCGAGGAAGCCAAGGGAAAAGAUCUGUUCUAUUUCUCCACAAUGUCACUUACGUCAACAACAAAGGAUCCUACACAUGCCUUGCAGCAAAUUUUAGAGCUCCGGAUGCAACUUCCUCAGCCGAUCUCAAGAUAUUCGUUCCACCUAGUGAAGUGAGACCACCUCUAGAUGUUAGCUCAUCAGAAACAGCAACAGCUCGAUUUGACUGCAACAUGUAUGCGGUCCCAGCAGCUCGAACAACAUGGUACAAGGAUGGAAAGCUGCUGAAUGUAUCCGGAGAUAUUCAGUUUUCAACAGACAACUCAACUUUGUUGAUAAGCAAUCUCGAGUACAGUGAUCGUGGUCAAUACCAUUGCAUGGCAGAGAAUCGAGAUGGUGUCAACUUCACUCUUGGUGGUAUGGUCCAGGGUUCUCCAGCUACUCUGCUUGUGUACGUUCAACCUCGUAUAACCAUUGGACCAACCGAUAAGGUCUUGAAUGAAGGGACAUCGUCCGCACUGCGCUGCACCUCAUAUGGAUAUCCUAUGCCAGUCAUACAAUGGUUACAUGGUGGUGUACAACUCCCGGAUAUGCAGAGCACCACAGCUAUAACAACGGCUGGUAAUGACACUGUCCCUGCAUCCUACACCAGCACACUGACUGUCUCUAAUAUCCUGUAUGGAGAUCGUGGCCAGUACACCUGUGUCAGUAGGGUGGACAAGACUGGAUUUGCUGAUAGCAGUCACUUGCAAAGCUCAGACAGUGCAUCAGCUACAAUCAUUGUUUACACCCUACCAGUGCCAGACCCAACAUAUGCACAUCAGACUGGUCUCAAGGAUGUACCUGUUCGCCUUACUGUUGGCUAUUCAUCACCAGGCUAUCCACCAGUGCCGUCGGACAACAUUACCUGGAGCAAGACUGGCGAUGUAUCCUGGAGUGGCUGGUCAUCUGGGUAUUCACUUUCCACUGACAACCUGACAAUGACCAUAGCCAGCAUGCAAUACUAUAAAGCAGGCACGUACAAUGUGAUACUUGGAAACUUGGCUGGACAAGUCAAUGUAACAUUCAAUCUGGGAUACGCAGAACGCCCAGAGAUCCUCGUAUCACCGCAAACAGUUCGCGUAAAUCAGAAUUCUAUGGUAAAUCUUGACUGCAUCGGAACCGGUCUGCCAAAACCGUCUAUUCACUGGCUGCACAAUGGUACAAGCCUCCCAUCAUCACUGCAAUCUCAGACAGACCAUACUAAUGCUGACCUCGGCAGGAGAGGCAGUUUUGGUGUCAAGAACACAUUGACCAUUCAGUCUGUGAGUAAUGAUAUGCACCAUGGACUGUACGAAUGUGUCGUGGAGAAUGUGUAUUCACCAUCAGCCAACGCAUCAGCAGAUAUCCUGGUCUAUGUCCCACCAAAGGUGCUUAAGCCAACAUUGGAUCAGGCAGUAUUGGCAGGACAGACGGUUGAAUUCACGUGCAAUGUGUAUGGUAUACCUAAACCAAGCGUAACCUGGUUUGCUAAUGGGCUGAUUCUACAGAAGGAUGACCUUGUUGGACGCGUCUCUUUCCACAAAGGUGAUCACAUCUUGACAAUCUACACAACAGAAGUUACAGACCCUGACACUUAUCAGUGUGAAGCCAGUAACAAAGAUCAGUAUGCUGGUGGAGUGGUCACAGCCAAUCAGGUGAAGUUGAAUGUCAAAGUCGCACCUGUUAUCAACCCUCCCAUACCAAGGACUGUGUUGUCAUUUGAAGGUUCAUCGCUAACAGUUCCAUGUAUAUACACUGGUCAUCCGAAACCAACGCCAAGCUGGUGUAGAUUGGAUAACAAUGGCGACUGCGUUAAGUCUGCGCCGAGCAGUAACUGUCCGGAUUUCACGCCAAUGGAUGAUGGCCAGUUCACAUAUAUCCUGGUCAUAUCAAAUCUUCAAAGCUGUCACAGUGGAGGCUACCAAUGUUCUGUCAGCAAUACAGUAGAUAAAGCUAUAGGGCAGUUUCAACUGACCGUGCAAGGUGUGGCCCGCAUUGGCUUGCAGGGCAUUUUCACUUUGCCAAGUGGAUACCUGGGUGGAACAGAGGACGAAAUCAAGGGUCUUUUCAAACCACAGAUUGUCGACUAUAUAAUUCCGGGAAGACUCGUUAAAAUAGUUCAUUCCUCAUAUCAGGCUGUUGGACAGAGCUCUACUGAAAUCAUUGUACGGUGCGAUAUGGCCGCUCCAGCUGGUUACAUUGCAGAGAUAUCGGGCAACAGCAGUGAAGCAAACCUAAAUGCCAACUUUACCUCCGCCCUGCAAAACUCAGCAUCAACUUUACGCCUAGCGAGAGCAUCUAGUCUGAAGGUGUUUUUCUAUGAUGUUUGCAGUUCAGAAGAAACUGAUGGAGCAAGACGUGGAAUGUUUUACUGGACUGAGACUUUUGCGAAUGAACUAGAAACACAUCUGUGUCCCGUGGAACUGUCUGAUGGUAUCAUCCGCUAUGCAACCCGUCGGUGUAUACCUACGCCACGCCCACACAACGUAUCCUUGGUGAUGGCAACAUGGCAAAAACCAGAUAUCACAGACUGUCCAACUCCAGGUACAGCAAAGCUACAAAAACUUGCAAAGGUUGAUUUCAACACCAGUGAACCGCAAUCGGUUCUGAGCAGCUCACUGUCUGUCGCUAACUUAACUAACAACAGUGCUGAGCUCACAAGCGAUGACAUCGAUUUUGCCUCGACAGCUAUCUUCAAUCUGGUCGCGGCUGUCAGUAAGGAUGAGGUGUUCAACCAAUCCAUAGGGCAAAAGGUUGCUGUGUCAACACUGGACACUGUCGACAACAUUCUGCAAGUGAAGACCAAUGAAACUGUGGUAGCAGCAUCACCAGCAAAGAGGAUUGCAAAGGCAAUGGAACGACUUGUGACAUCACUGGUUGUAGAGACUGAUCAGCCCUUCCAGGAGCAAAAGGAGAAUAUUGGAUUUGCAAUCAGCUGCCCAAAGGAGAAUGCAACAGACCAAGCAUUCCGUUCAGCGGGACAGACCAAAGAUGGACGUUUUUAUGUUGGAGACGUAGAUGUACCCGCUUCCGCCAGCGCUACUGGUGUCUCAUUUGACAUAGCUGGAAGCACUGUAGCUGCCGCAACAGAGUUACUAUCUCUGGGAAAUGACUCACUUUGCAAUGUGGCACCAACACGCUACAUUUUGUACAAAACUCAAACACUGUUCCGAGAUUCCAAUCUGAGUGCAAACACAUCGGUUCAAUCAGAGAUUAUCAGCGCUCAAGUUGGAGAGGAACGUCUGGAGAAUCUUCAGCAGCCAGCAAUCAUGUCGUUUGAUUUAUUGGGUUUAACACCUGUUGAUUCCGCUGGUGAAGCUAUAUGCGUUUUCUGGGACUUCGACAAAGAUGAUGGCAAUGGAGGAUGGAGUGACUGGAACUGCACUACUUUCCGUGAUGAGACAACGGGGAACAGAACAGUUUGCCAGUGCGGUCACCUCACCAACUUUGCCGUCCUAUUUACUCGUCACAUUUCAGCAAAGGACUCCACGGCCGAGGCAGCACUGAAAUACAUAUCCAUCAUAGGCUGUGGGAUAUCUAUGCUGGGACUUCUCGCAACCCUGGUGCUGAUUCUGGCUAUACCGACACUUCGUGACAGUGUCCAUCAUCGGAUGAUAUUUGGACUUUGUUCAACUCUUCUACUCUUCCUGGCCAUAUUCACCGUCGUUCUAUACUAUGAACAUUUGGCCAAGAGUACUGCUGUGUGCCAGGGCCUGGCAAUGGCCAUGCACUAUCUUCUUCUGUGCGCGUUCAUGUGGAUGUCGGUGGAUGCCACGAUGCUCUACAAGAGUGUAGUGAUAGUGUUUCACCAGCCCGGCCGUUUGCAACAAAGACUUCUAUGCAUAUCUGUUUUUGUGAUUCCGCUGGUUAUCGUUGGAGUUGCAGGCGGUGUUACCAGACUGGAUAUGUACGGAAGUGACAACUUAUGCUGGAUCAAGGCGGAUGCUGCUUUCUUUGGAAGUUUGGUUGCACCUCUGGCCGUCUCCCUUCUCUACAACGCGGGUGUUCUCAUUGCUGUCGUCCAUUCACUUCGCUCUCGAAACAAAAAGAUUGGAGCGGUGAAGGCAGCGAAGUCAAAGGAUGUGUCUGUGCUCAGAAUUAUCGUGUCAUUGUCCGUUCUUCUCGGAAUCACCUGGUUCUUUGGUUUUUUGGUUCUUUUUCGUGAUCAGAUCGUCUUUCAGUAUAUCUUCACGGUUCUAAAUUCUCUGCAAGGUUUUUCUAUUUUCCUCCACACAAUCAGAGGACAGGACGCAAAAAAGCAUAUUUCAGAAAUGUUUUCUUCGACGAAGGGCGCCACAAACACCCAAAGCGGAAAGCCAGCAUCCCGACCUAAGCACGUGGCCUCCGAAAACCUCGAAAAUUUGGAAAAAGUGUCAGGGAGCCACGGUACAAUGCUUUCAACACUCGACCGAUCUACAGGGGAGGUGAGUACAAUGGCCACCCAGGAUCGAGCGACGCGUAGUGGAACUCUUCUUUCAGAUGUGUCCCGCAUGGCAGCUGAGAACAGCCUUUACACACCAUCACCUACAAGCGAGCGAAGAUGCCUUUUAUCACUCGACGCUCACCCGCCUGCGUCUGAGAGCAUCCCAAUGACAGAUUUGGGGCAAGACAACAAGCAGCCUACCGCAGGUGACAGAAAGACUGUGAGCCUAGGAACGCUGGGGAAACCCUUCAAAUUCGCGAAGUACCAAAGCCCAGAUGCUGGUCUGCCACAGGCUUAUGAUGCCGUAUUAUCUCCACUAUAAGCCCAGCGCUUAUAUUUUUAAACCAGUCCGGACCCCGGGCUUACAUAGACUGGGCUUCUACAAGAGACUGGGCUUAUAAUUUUCCAGUAUCCCAGUGGAGAAUGAGCAGACUGCUCUGGUUGCUACAUGCUCCCGUCACAUGAAGGCAUGCCUUCUCUAAUUUUGUUGUCAUUGCAUUAUUCAAAGACACUGUGUGCAUUGUCCCCGAUGAUGACGUAUGCAAAGCCAUAUGAUAUUAUCUAGUUGCCUGCUCUGCUAAACAUACGAUUAUAGUCCGAGCGUCUUACUCACUAGGUAAACUGCAUUCAUGCUUGUGUGGCUUGAAUGAAAUAAUCUUCAUUUUUCAUUUGCAAGUUUAUUGUUAGCACACGCAUUCGUUAUUGCUCUCUCUUUCAUUGUUAAAAUUCACAAUUGUAAAUUUCUCUGCUCUUGUUCUUAGUGUUAUUUCUCUAAAUUUCUUUAAAUAGUUCAAUUUUGUUUUCAUUGUCCUUUAGUACAACGACGAUUCAUGAUGACUGUUGUACGAAAACUUGUUUGAAUCCAUAUUUUUUUCCCUACAGCAUUUCUUCAUAUUUUCAUCGUUUUAUUGCACAUUGCACAUUGCACAUUGUCUCCACAAUUUUACAUUGCAUGACUAACGUGUACACAAAUGUCGAUUCAGCUUGUCUUAUUGAUGGCGGUUAUUAAUGUAAAAGUCUCUUUCUAUUUUCCACACAAGAUUUUAUCUGUUUGGGUUUCUGCUUCUCUCCCUUUUUUUCAAGAAUGCAUUUGACCGGUUUUUCAUACGAGCGUGGCACCCCUUUCUAUUCCAGUGUCUGGCAUUUGGACCAGUAUUUUCAUUUUAUCUUCAGUACAUUGUUUCGCGUAUCCUAACUAUUAAAUUGGGAUACCUGCGCUGCAUUCGAUAUGCAUUACUCUUCUAAUAUCAAUUUGUCGUGGAUUUACAAUCCAGACGUUCCACUCAAUGCAGUCAAUACAGCACGGCGUAGUUGUUUAGAGGAGUGAACGAACGGCUACUUUCUUAUUUAGCCUGGGCAAUCAAUAGCUGCAUUGUACGUGUCCGCGCUUCAUUAGCUGAUUCAUAUCUCAAGUAGGUUCUCUCAGUCCUCAUGGGGCUGCUACGA